AUUAGUACUGACAGCAACAUGGUGCUGGGGCUGCUGCUGCGGGAUGAAGAAGAGCGGCGUCUGUCGUUCGACUUCGAGAUGCUGCUGCCUGAGGACGGCGACGACCGCAUGGACAGCGGCGAGCACCGAAACGGCGCCGUGGUGGGCGUCGGCGGCGCCACGUUCGGUCACCAGGCCGCCAAGAAAGAUUUCAAGCGCGGCACCGUCGUGUGUCGCCACUGGCUGCGCGCGCUGUGUAUGAAAGGCGACAACUGCGAGUUCUUGCACCAGUACGAUAUGUCAAAAAUGCCUGAAUGUCGCUGGGGAAUGGAAUGCCAGGUGCCCGAGUGUCCGUUCCGACACGUACCAGACGAAGAGCGUGUCGAGUGCGCCUUCUACAAGCAAGGCUUCUGCUCGCAUGGCUCCAGUUGCCGCUACAGACACAUCAAGUUGGCCAGAGAGGAAUGUCCUGAGACUGCAGACUUUGCUCUGCAGUCCAAAGUGGCGGAUGAGGAGAACGUCAAGCGCAGAAAAGCUCAGCCAGUCAAUGAGUUCUUCAAGAUCGCGAUCUGUAAGCACUGGGAGAAAAUGGGAUCAUGUCCUUUUGGCGACGAAUGCCACUUUGCACACGGAGAGACUGAACUUCGACCGUUUCCUAAGGGUGAGAAAGAGGAGAAGGAAGCACGAGCAGGAAGACAAGGUGGACACCAUGGACCAGGGUUUAAUGGUGCAGAUCGACAACAUCAAGGACCGCCGCCAGGUCCACAGCUGCCGGACGAUGGCAAGAUGGCCAAGUAUUUCUUGGUACAGUCGGCUAGCUACUUGAAUCUGGCUCAUUCCGUGCACCAUGGACGCUGGGCUGUCCCUCCGGCUGUGCUUCAGCAGAUCAAGAUGGCGUCGGAAACGUCGGAUGAGGUCUUUUUGCUAUUUGCAGUUGGACCAAGCAAACAUUACCAGGGUGUGGCGCGACUGGUGAAUGGCGCUAUGGCGAGUGUUGAUACGUCAAUGGGAGAAGACCUAUCGACUGGUAUCGUGCCGUACGAAGCGGACGGCAAAGCAGAGUGGGCCGGCUCGUUUGGUAUCGAGUGGCUGCGUAUUUGUGAAUGUCCGUGGGAGAGACUCGCUCAGUUUGAGAACAAGCAUCUUGCUGUUCCAGAAUGUCCGAACGGCCAGGAACUGGACGCUGAAACAGGCCACGCAUUAGUGCGUUUGCUGUUUAAUCAACCUCAGAUUCAGCUCCACUAUCGAUCCGUGGAGGACGAACCGAAGCUUCCAGGAGGUGCAGAAGAACUCGCGACUCGGCGACGGGAAGCAGCGGAGAGUUUGUUUGGCGCUCCUGGUGGACCUGGCUUUGGUGGACCCGCGCCAAGAUGGCAGGCCACACAACCUGGAUUCGUAUUCACAUGCACCACACAGACGAUUGACGAGUGCUUUGGUCGCAUGCUGUUCGGUCUUUCUCAGGAACAAGAGGGACUAGCUCAGCAACACGUGACUCCGGGCACUCCUCUGUUCCUGCUUAACUUGUCGGACCAGCACCUUUUGGGUAUCUUCGAAGCUGUGUCUCCUGCAAUCGUCAAUAUGAUGCCUGGUGCAUUUUGCCAUGGACCGAACAUGCCGUCGCCGUUCCCAGUUCAAGUGCGCUUUGCUGUCAUGCUGAACGCGCCAGCUCUACCCACGUCGGACCCGCAGAUCAAGCAGGUUAUUGGAGAUAACGGAGUGGAUGUUGGUCCGCUGUCACUGCAAGUUACGCAGCAACUGGCAGACGUGUUUGCUGAGCGUAGUGGUGCUGCAUUCCCACCGAACGGACCGCCUAUGGGUCCUGGGGGCCCGGAUCGCUUCCGUGGUAAACCACCAAGCGGUCCUAGUAGUAGAUCCAGUCACGAUGGGCCGAAGGACCCCAAUGAGCCGGCAUUCCUUGAGAAACUCGUCGUAGGAAUCGAAAACGACAACGAUUUCGGAGUCACACGCCGUAUUAUUGGACCUGCUGGAUCGAACAUGAAGCGUAUUAGUGUAGAAGCUGGUGGGAAUGCCAAGAUCCGCGUCCGUGGUCGUGGCUCUGGGUCGAAAGAAGGCGGACCAGAAGAAGCUGAUGAACCUCUGAUGAUUCUGGUGUCUGCGGAGAACGAGCGCAGCUUCCGUAUCGCGUGCUCACUGACGAGUGAGUUGCUUGCAGCUAUUCACCGUGAUUACCAAAUGUUCCAGCAACACGGACACUUCCGUGGCGGUGGCCGAGGCCCUCCCGGCCGUGGUCACCAUUAGUGAAAUAGCGAAGAUCCACACAGAGCUUCUUAUGGGUCUCAAAAACAGAAACAAUAAACAUAAAAUUUCUUUAAAAAAACAAAUUGUAUUUACUCCA